UGAAGCAGUCGAGGCAACACAGUCGACACACGCGAUGGUCCAGUUAAUCGUAGGCACAGAUACCGAUGAUCUCGAGCCCGAAGGUACCCAGUGAAAGUGUGAUAAGCAAGAAAACAACGUGAGCUUGCGCUCAUGGAGUCUCGAUAUUAACGGGAAAAAAGGAUCUAGAGUACACACGGAGAUACGAAACUCCAGCUUAUUCCGACUUUGAAUUGGACGAAAAUCGACCGAAGAUGCCUAAUUAUAUUCUGAAAAGCAAGUUCUUUGCAUCAUUUGUGUUAGUAUUUUUAGUGCUGCCAGCCGCGUCCUCUUGGAUAUCAAUCUCACCUUUUAGCAAAUGGGUGUUGGGUGGCUUGCCGAAGGUUGUGACCGAACCGCCGACGCCGUCACCGUCGACAUCACCGAGCGACUGCGACCAUCCUGGCGAUGGUUGCGCUCGAGCUAAUAGAGAGCUCGAAGCCAUUGACGACCUCACGCUUACAGAUCUCAGGAUUGAGUACGUGAAGCAGCAAAUUUUGAAAAAAUUACGUUUAGACAAACCACCCGAUGUUUCCGUGAAUAUGUCAACCUUGCCAAAACCUUUAUUCAAUGGCGACGUUUUGGAUCUUCAACCAGGUGAAUUAGCAGAGCCUUCAUCACCGGCCGAGAGUUUUUAUGGCAAAACCAAUCAAAUCGUUCUUUUUCCUAUUGAAUCGAGCAUGAAAAAAAGGUGCCGACACAGCACGAAUCACAUAACGGGAUUCAGCCCAGCGGUUUGCGUCUCGUACAAUUUGCCCAACGACGUGCACGCCCAGGUGACCGUCAAGUCGGCCGAGCUCUGGUUCUACAAGACGCGCGACAGGAACGGCAACAACAAUCAUACUUUCGUCAUAUCCGAGCUCGACCAUUGGGACUUGGGCGGCUCCUUCGAGAAGACGACGAUUUUGGCGAUAUUCGAUUUCAACGAUAACGAAGGCUGGACGAGCAUCGACGUUGGCUUCGCCGUGAAAAAGUGGGCCGAGAAAGGACUGCUGACGCACUCGCUGUCGAUCGCCUGCAGCACGUGCACGAAUCCCGAGCACGGAUUGGCUCCGGUCUCGCUGGAGGCGCGCACCAAGCCCUUCAUCGUCAUACAGACGGAGCCGGCGCCCCAACGGAACAGGCCCAAGCGAGAGUCCAAUUGCCAAGCCGACACGAAGGAGUGCUGUCGCGAGGAGCUGUUCAUCAGCUUCGAGGACAUCGGCUGGAAUGACUGGAUCCUCUAUCCGAGAGGAUAUCACGCUUACUUCUGCAAGGGAUCCUGCAACACGGCCUUUUCCCUCUCCAUCAGCGGCUCUCAAUACAACGACGUCAUACGAAGGCUGCUGAGCAAGGUCAAAACAUUCCAUCGGCGCAACGAGAUUGUCCCGUGCUGUUCUCCCACGCAGCUCUCGCCGUUGCAGCUGCUCUAUGUCGAGUCCAACAACUCGAUAGCGCACAAGACCCUGCCCAACAUGGUGGUCGAAGCCUGUGGAUGCAUGUAACCUUCCACGCGCCAAUGGAGAAACGAGCUAUUAUUCAUUCUCAUACUUUUAUCUUCCAUUGCCGACAAUUAUUAAAAUACCCAACUUUACAAACAUCUGAUUUGUAAUUCAUUUCUACGUAUCAAAGCGUAUUAGAAUAGCUUUAUAUAUGAGAAUUACAAUGACCAAAUAAAUGCUCUUCGAGAUUGAUUACAAGCGGAAGUUACGAGAGAUGUUUCGUACAGAUUUCUUAAAAUUUGGCCUUCGACCGGCUCGAGUUGAAUAAUCGGGGCUUUUUAGACGGUCGACUUGCGAUAACACGACCAUCUUCUCACAACUGCCUGUCGUGCUUUGACUGAUGAAAUUAAAAAACUUAUUACUGUUCUCAAGAUUCGUAUGUGUACGCUUGAUGACACUUAUAAAAACCAUGUAUAUAAAUUCAUAUUAGACUGUCCUUUGAUUAAUUUUAAUUUUUUCUACUUUUCUUUCCCUUAAAUCGCUUUAAUACUUCAAAAAGAGGAAAACCAAUACCAGUAAAAAAUUUUAUUUCAAGUUUAAUUAGCCACUCUCAUCUAAUGUAAUUAAAAAUAAAUCGUUUGUUUUCUUU